AUGACAAGGCAAUUUCAUCAAACAAGAGAGAGACUUGGAGAUAAACAUGAUGUUAGAUUUAUCAAAGUAGUAGAAAAUGUUAAUGCAAUUCCAAUUGACGACGACGACGCAAAGUCGAUUAUUAGAGGUGAAAAUAGCGGUCUAAUUGAUAAACGACAUGAACAUUUAGUAACAAAAGCAGCGGAACCUGAUAAUUUACCAUCAUCGCCAAACAACGUUAUUAACAACACUGAAGCAAAUAGACGGUUUGUUGCUGCACCUUUAACAGAAGCUGUUGCAGCACCCAUUGCAGCAACAACCAAAAUAGCACCUCUUGUAGCAACAGCAGCGACAGCUCCAAUUAUUGCCUCUGCUGCAACUAUACCAUUAACUGCUGGAUUCCAGCCACUCGGUUUAUCAUAUUUAGGUUAUGGUGCCUUUACUCCUCCCUACAUCAAGAGAGGUAGUAGUGAUAGCAUCAUCAAUUUAAAGAAACGAUUCAUUGGCAGUGGUAUUCCGGUCGGUGGAUUGUACGGUGGUUAUGGUACAUCUACUGGUUACGGUAUUGGUAGUUUAUAUUAA